GUGAUUGCUAGCUAGGUCUCUCUAAAACUCUGCAGUACAGUCCCGCCAAAUGGGAAGAAGACCCUGCUGUUCCAAGGAAGGCUUGAAUAGAGGAGCUUGGAGUGUUGUUGAAGAUCAAAUACUCAUGGAUUACAUCAAACUCCAUGGUGAGGGAAAUUGGAGAUCCCUACCUCAGAAAGCAGGUCUCAACAGAUGUGGCAAGAGUAGUAGACUUCGCUGGUUGAAUUAUCUGAGACCAGAUAUCAAGAGGGGAAACAUAUCCCAUGAUGAAGAAGAGCUGAUUCUCAGGCUUCACAAGCUCUUGGGGAACAGGUGGUCUCUGAUAACUGGGAGGCUUCCAGGGAGAACAGAUAAUGAAAUCAAGAACUACUGGAACACCAAGUUAGGAAAGAGGAAAAGAGAUCACCCCAGCUCUUCUUCGGCUCCUAAUAGCAAGCACUCAAAGCAAUCAGAAAACGAGAAGAAUGAGCCCAUUGAUGAGUUAUCUGCAGGCCAACCAAAGAUAACAACUUUGGUCCGGACCAAGGCAUCAAGGUGCACAAAGAUUUUUAUUGUUCCCACUCAACCACGAGACCAUCAUCAAGUUGAAGAAAUUGAUGACGCUAAUGCAGCAGUAAUUCCUCCUCCCAAUCCAAUGGUUGAUAGCCUUGUGACCCAGAAAGCAGUAGAAUCAGAACCCUGCAGCAAUGGGCUGUCAUCACUCACUACUCCUGUUGAAGACAAUUCGCUGGAUUUCAUCAUGAAUCUCAAUGUUGGAGACCUCUGUCUGUCUGAGCUUCUUGGUUCUGAGUUCUCGCAGCUGUGGAAUCCUCACGAUGAUCAUGAAAUGAUAGAAGAGAGCAAGAUCAAUGGUGACAACGACAACUGGUUGUGUCCAUCUUUAGACCAAUCUAUCAUUUACACUGACGUAAUGCCGGAGGAUUGGACACGAAUUAAUUAUGUCGAAACCAGAGACGACACUGUUUUGCACCUUGGAUCACUGGCAUCUUUUCUUGAUUCCGGAGAUGACUGAUCAGUAGCAGAAUAGUUUAAACAAAUCGAGAUUGUUAGGUAUAAGCUCUAGGUGGUUACAGGUUUGACCCUUGGUCGAUAUUCACACUGUUUUGCACCAAAUAUGAUUGUUUUAAUUUCCUGCUUGUGCUUGGUGUUGAUUAGGAUGAAGUAAUUGCUUUCCCUCGUGUGUGGAUCUACUAUGGCUCUAGUUAUAGCUUUUCCUCCCCUAGGUAGAACCUUAGGAGUUAUUUUACUAUCAAGUUUGCGUAGUGUGUAAUUAGCCUUAUUCAAGUGAA